UAUGCCUAGCAGAGAGGAUCGAUGCCAGAAGAUUGGUGAUCCAAAAGAAACUAAAGCCAUCACCGCAGUGUGCUCUUUAUUCACAACCACCUCAUCAAGACCCGUCGUGUAUCCUACACAGGGGCCAAUGCCCGCACCGCUUAAGCGACUGGAGUUCACCGUACUGACGAACGGUACGGGAGUUGUGACUUUUCACCACUUGGCUGCCGGCAAGGUCCUCUACUCUCUCUGGCUACAGAAAAGUAAGACCACCAUUUUUAAUAGUUCCGGCUCGAGUGACGAGGUCGCAGAGGGCAUCUAUAGCGGUGACGGCCAUUUCUGGGUGGCGAUCGCCGACGAGAUUCAGGUCGGAAGAGGCGGAAGUGACGCCACUCUGGUGCGUUUGCAAAGGGAAAUGCCUGCCCUCUCUGUGCAGCGGCUGUAUUUCCGUUCUGUACCCUUCUCGGCAGAGUGGAAGAUCCACACACCCUAUUAGCCUCAAAUUAAGGCACCUGGUCACCUAGUCUAACUCCAAGGCGUCAUUGGUCAAUCGCUGGGUACUGUAAUUUAAAUCAGACAACAAAAUUCAAAGCAGUCAUGCCAGCAGGGCACUUUACCACGCCAUGGGUGCAUGAUUAACAGUCAUACUCUCAAAGCUAUAAUUGAUCAAUAUCCAGAUAGGGGCCUAAAACCGACACUGCACCAAGACUGACGCUCACGUUGUUUUUUUGACAGGUGAAGAUAUAAUUAACUUUGAAUCCAUGCAGAAUGGCGUAGUUAGCGUUCCCAUUUACAAUAAAUAUGAAUUAUUUGUAAACGCACGUAAUUAAAAUCGGCAGAAUUUUCAUGGCGAAAACGCUGUUUUUGUUUUUAUGUACCGGUAAUCGCUUUUAUUAAAAGAGUAAAGACUGCACUCUCCUUUUCUAAUGUAAUGAAUAGAUUAACUUGGUUGAUAGGCUGAAGCCCAAGUUAACAAGGAUGCCAAUGUCUCCGGUUUAUUAUGGUUCACAGUUUAUUGUAUGCGUACAAGUUGGACAACCUUUCCAGUAAUUCAAUUCUCUGAUUUUGUCUCAGCACGUAACGAGGCCUCCAUGCAGUCUGAAACUUUUAAAUUCGAAAGAGGCGUAUGCGCUCGGUGAGAAAAGGAAUAUGAAUCAUUUCUGUGGACCUGGGAAUCACAGUUGGCAGAAAUAUUCCUACCCAAGCUUUCCGUUGAAAUAUCCAGGCCCCAGAAUGAUGGGAAUGUACGAUUUAGUGUAGUGAGCACCGUUUUCGUUGCAGCAUCUCCAGACAAGAGGGCGCUGUGCCAUGCUAAUUUGUAACGGAAACAAAUAGCUACCAGCUGAAGUAUUGUAAUGUAACCUGGCGUAAAGGCUAUUGCCAGAUAAGACCUUUUAACAGUGGAAGUACCAUGGCUUAGCAAUUAACAUGACUUGUUUGCGUAGUAUAGCGUUAGUCGAUUACAUGCCUACCAUUAUUUUAACAUGCUCUGCAUAUUAUGUAAUACGUAUCGGAAUAACAUGUUGACUGAUUUUCAAAUAUCUCCAAGAGGCUAAAUGAGUCUGUACCCGGAAGAUACAGUAAGGUCAUGAGAUCUAAUAUAAGCUUCAAGGUGAGGGGAAAAUGCUUAAUUGCUGUCCAUCUCUUGAUAGAAACAGAUUCUGCUUUUUCUGUAAGAUUAAAAUGAUGUUCAGUUUGUGGCUGAUUUUCUUUACUAACUUCUCCUGUCAUUCUAAAUCCAAUACAGCGCUCUUCUCGCCACCUUUUAUGAAUUGAUUACAAAAUAUAGGCUAUGUUGUCAAAAACGGUAUCAAGUGGUUUCCAAGAAAUCAAUAAUGUUUCAUGCUUGCUGUAUAUGGAGUUUGCUAGGGAAUUCUUUACUAUCAUGACGAGGCUCGCGUAGUCUCAUCGGGUACGGAUCAUUGGAAGUAGCAGACAUGUUCCGGAAGUACGUCAAGAAACGUCACCACUUUAGGGGAUUCUUUCAUUCGGCACAACUGACAAUGUGCAUUUUCACAUCAAAGUGUUUAUGUGUGGACGAUGGUAAUUUCACCAAUUAGUUUUUCUGGGCCGCAGUCGACGUCGUAUCCCGUGCACAUUAUAACGGUGCAUAGCAUCCGCCUCUAGAGGCGUGCUGGCCAGACUAGCUAGCCUUGCCACUGACUGGUAGUUGGUUGCCAUAAGAUAAUUAAUUGGCUUUUUGCGAUGUUGUGUUUCAUGCAUUAUUAAUGACAAAACAGAAUACCAAUUGAAGAAGGUUUUCUGUUGUUUGACAGUUGUAUUUCAGUUUUUAUGGGCAAUAAAUUUCGAAUGGAAAAUUUCUUCUUCUUCUGACUCGACUGAUCAUCCUCCAGCGCCCGACCACGCAGAUAUACACUUGUUGAAUCAAGUUCAAUGACCGUACUUAUACGGUACAGCUAGCUGCAGAAGGCCGGUAUUAUUUUGAAAAAUUCCUGCUUGAAACGCAACUUCUUUUCUUUAGUGUAAUACCAAUAAUAUCAACCUUUCUGAAAUCCUGAAAAAUAUCUCGUGAAAAAUAAAAGUCUGCAACAGGCAUUCUUUUGGCUUUGACCAAAAUUUCAAAAAUUGUUAUUAUGUUAAGUUAAAUGAAUGACAGUGGAUGAUUGCUUCGAACAAUAAUGGUUCAACUCGUUUCUUGUUGAUCAAAUAGUGGGUUUUGGAAUUGAAGUAAAAUAGAAAGAUGGUUAAAUGUUGCUUUUUUGAAAUGACAUUUGUUGAAUUACUUAAAAUUAUUCAAUUCAUUUUACAUUCUUUCAUACAUGUAGUUGCAUUCCAACUGUUUUAUCAUUUAAAAUAUCUCUUUCUGGGGAUUUUAUCGGUGAGUACCCCCUCGUUUAACCCAUAAUUAUUAAUAUGAUUAAUUUUGGUCUUUCCUUCGAUUCUGACUUUCCUAUUAGGU